AUGAAGCUCCUUUUUCCUGUCUUUGCCAGCCUCAUGCUACAGUUACAGGUGGACACAGAACUCUUUGGCUGGAAAAAAUGUUUAAUGGGUUUGGGGAGAUGCAAAAACCACUGCACCGUGGAUGAAAAAGAGAUACAGAAAUGCAAGAAGAAAAAAUGUUGUAUUGGACCAAAAACACUUCAACUGAUAAAUAACUACCUGCAAAAUGAAAUGCCCCAUGGACGUGAAGAGGGCUCUGCAAAACAGCUAAAACCUAUUAAGAAUUCUAGGGCUGUGAUACAAACAAAAUAUAUUUUAUCGCUCUCUCCCAAAAUCAAAAGCCCUUUUGCCAACAUCAACACUACCAUUAUCUCAAAUGCCAGUGCUGUGAACCCUGCCAUCACCAACGCCAUGAUCUUCGGAAAGAUUACAUACCCUGCUACUUCUACCAAGGGUGAUACCAAGAAAAGCAGAGGUUCAGCCACUGACCUCUCCCCACCGUCACCACCACCAUAG